CAAACAUUUUUCUUAUUUAAAAUAUUUUUUUUACAAAUUUUCUUGUUCAAAAUUCUUCUCUUCCUCCUCAAUAGUCUUUAUACGAUAAAAAAAAACCUCCAGUUUGUUUACCAUCACCCCAUAUCAGCUGUCAAAAUCCCUCAGCACAACAAAAACAAAACAUAAACAUCGAUAAAUGGUGAAAAUUUCAUUCGCAUAAUCAACACCAAUUGCAUCCCCAUCCGUGUGCUUUGUCGUUCCUUCUUUGCUGCAACGAAUUGCAGUACACGUUGCAGGUUUUGCGGUUUGUAGCGCGCCCGUUCGCACGAUGAGAAAAGUGGUGGUGAUACUGAAAUCGGAAAGCGACAAUGCGGACAGCUACGGCGCGCUGCUCGAGAAGCACGGGUACGUGCCCGUCUUCAUACCGACGCUAGAUUUUUCCUUCAAAAACUUGGACGUGUUGCGGGAUCACCUGCUGUCGCCUUACAAGUACUCAGGCCUUAUCUUUACCAGCCCUCGAAGCAUAACGGCCGUGCGGGAUGCGGUCCAGGGCCAGAAGCUGAAGGACGAUUGGAAAACGCUCGAAAACUACAGCGUCGGUGAAACGUCGCGCGAUCUGAUCCAGCGAACGCUUGACCUCGACACAAAGGGCCAUCAUUCGGGGAACGCUAGCAAUUUGGCCGACUUUAUCAAAACCGAUCUGUACAACAAAACCGUCACGAUGCCCUUCCUUUUCCCGUGCGGUAAUCUAAAGCAGGACGUGCUGCAGAACAAGCUGUCCGAGUAUGGGUACUCGCUCGAUUCGAUAGAAGUGUACGAAACCGUACCGCACCGUGACCUGGAGCAAAAUCUGGUCGCGCUCUUCCGUGGUGAGGAGGAAAACAGUGAUCGGACGAUCGACAGUUUACUCUUUUUUAGCCCAUCCGGGAUCAACUACUGUGCGCACGUGUUCGAAAAGCAUCGGAUCGACCUAACCGGCAAGCGGAUCAUAGCGAUCGGUCCAAGCACGAAGAAAGCGAUCGAAAACAAAGGCAUCACGGUGCACCGGACGGCCGAGAAACCGUCGCCCGAUUACGUCGUCGGAGCAUUGCUUCAGGAUACCUAAGGGGAAGCGAACGCGUCCGUGAUUACCAGCCUACUCCCCCGAAAAAGUGCAAUAAUCCGUCUUCGGUGUAUAUUUUUUUGGUCCUAAAUGUUAGCGACACUGGAAGACGACCACUCAUCAGAACAGAGAAAGAGAGUACUGUUGGGUACCGUAUACAUCUCGUAGUAGUGAUGCAUGAUGCAGUAGUAGCCAAGAAGUGCUGGAAAGUUGUAGAAUGAAGCGACUUACCAUACCAACCUAACUAAACGAAUCGUGAAUGUUAUUGAAAUCUUGUUGUUAUAAAGUGUAUACUAGCCAGUU